CCACGGUCGUCGGCCACGAAGAGGUCCGCCAGUGCUGCACAGAGCCUCGCGCUAUAUCGAGCCGAAUUCUCUCUCUCUCGCUCCCUCUUCGAUUCGGUUCAGCCGUCUUCGUAGACGGGCGCCUUUCGCCUCGACGGUUUUUCCCCCCUUUCCGCGACUAUUUUCAUCGAACUGUCGAUCGAUGACGGGCUUCCGGCUGUUCGAAGUUCCGGAACCAUCGGAAAACUGGCCAGGAACGGUGUGAUCGUCGGGCCAGGCUCGACGUGGAAGAGGAAGAGGAGGAACGGAUCAUGGGCAACACCACCACCAAGAGCCACUACUCGAAGAGCCUGGCUGUCGGCGGCACCUCCAGAAGACCGCGCUGGGAGGGAUCAGGUCUUCCAGCGCCACCAGGAAAACCUAUUUUAAUACCAGGAGCGGACGAGACUCAACCCGAUGUGGUCGGCAUUCGUUGGGAGAGGUCGCCAAGUAACGGUGGCUCGGCCAUUGUCGGCUACCUGGUCGAGCACAGAAGGCUCGGUUCACCGCAUUGGGUGCGCAGUACACCAGGGCUUUGCACCUUUCCGGAACUGACCUUGAGCGGCCUCGAGCCAGGAUGGCGCUACCAAUUCAGGGUCAGGGCGCAGAAUGCUAUAGGUCUCUCGCGGCCCAGCGAGAUCUCCGAUCCUCUAACGGUGACCUUACAAAGGUCCGCCUCUUCAUCACCGUACUUCGAACUUGAGCUCAAGGACACGGUCAUCCUCGAAGGCGAACAGGCCGAAUUCGUGGUACGGUUCAGCGGGUCGCCGCUGCCGAAGAUUUCGUGGUUCAAGGAUGGCUUCGAAAUCUUCAGCAGUAGACGGACCAGGAUUAUCACCGACAGCGGCAGAAGCGUCCUUCUGAUCCACCAAACCGCUCUGAACGACGAGGGCGAAAUAAAGUGCACGGCCACCAACAGAGCCGGCCACGCUAGCACCAAGUCGAAAUUGGUUCUGGAAGCGCCCCCAAAAAUUCGGCUACCACGCCAGUACGAGGACGGUCUCCUUUUCGAACAGGACGAGACCAUCAGAUUGAAGGUGUCCUUGGCUGGAAGACCGCCGCCUAUGGUUUUCUGGUACCACGACGGGGAAUUGAUCCCCAACGACGAGAGGCACAUAUUCGAGACGAUGGACGGCGAAUCGGUGAUGAAGAUACCCGAUGCCAAACGCGUUGACAGGGGAGAGUACACUGUCAAAGCUGUGAAUAAACUUGGGGAGAACACGUCGUCGUUUCUCGUCACCGUUACAGAUCGACCUGCUGCUCCUGGAAAAGCAAUGGUAACGAUGACCCUGGGUAGAUCGGUGACAUUGUCGUGGAAGGAGCCAGAGGACGAUGGUGGGUGCAAGAUAGGCACCUAUAUUGUUGAGUACUACAGAAUUGGCUGGGACGUGUGGCUGAAGGCGAUCACCAGCAGGCAGACCAAAGCAACGUUGUCGGAGUUGAUCGAGGGAUCCGAGUACAAGUUUCGAGUAAAGGCUGAGAAUCCCUACGGUGUGAGCGAGCCAAGCGAAGAGAGUGACGUAAUCUUCAUUCCAGAUUUAAAAAGGGGUAUAAUGACACCUUCCUUGAGCGGGAAGUCGCAGAGCCAUCGGGAAAUCAGAUCGCGUGAGAAACGAGAAGUGAGCUUCGCAGUGCCAACUCAGAGAACCAGAAGCCUGACGAGAGAGGAGGCUCGCACCAGAGAUGACGACGACGAUGGACACUUCAGCCCAAGUAGUCGAUCGGUGUCCGCCCAGAGACUCAGCAGACCAUCCAGAGCAGACAGUAGGGUCACCUUUGCUCUAGACACGUUGGACAAGUCGGAUGCGGCACCUGUUCCUCCCGCUAGGUCGAAGGAUCAUUCCACUUCAAAGCACGAGAGUCGCGUUGAGAAUCAUGUCGACCGUUCAAGUAUCGACGUGAACGUAACCAGUAACGAGAACGUGAAUCUAUACAAGGAAAGUUCAGCUAUCUCGAGGGCCUCCACUACAGUCACCGUUUCGCCACCAAUAGUAGACGAUUCCAGCAGACGUUCAGCAUACAGGGAAUCACGAUCACGAUCGGUGUCCAUAUCCAGGGAGCGUAGCAUGUCCCCCCUCUCCAUGCCUCAAAUUCAAGAAAAGUACGAAGAAGAAAGCUUGACUCGUUCCACUCGCGUUCUACGUCCAGCAGCCAGUUUAACCCUCACGAAGCAACAAGCGGUCGUCGACGAGCCAGAUCCACCCUUCGUCAAAAGUCUCUCAUUGGAGGACAAAUCAAGAUCACCAACCACCCCUAGAGAGGAUGACGAAACUGCAUUGCAUGGGAGCUCGGAGUUCAUGCUGGUCUUGUACCCUGACGACCAGGAUCAGGAUAAAAAACUCGUGGACAUCAGCGACAGGGAAAAAAUGACAAUUAAGAUCACAGGAGACGAAACAGAGGACAUGGAAGACCUCAUUCCACCACCCAUGUCGUUAUCGCUGCCAGAAUUAUUCAGCGCGGAACAUCAGGUGGUGGAGACCCUUCGAGAAGCUGUCAGCUCCACGGAGCUGCUUCACGAACGAGCUAUGGAGCGCUUCUAUCGAGCGGUGGCAGCCGAAGAGGCAUCCGAGGUCGCCAAGAAGAAGACGCAGGUCGAGAGAACAACGGGAGAAUUAGCGUCUACCUUGGAAGAGAACGCAGACCCUGAAGAGGCGCGAAUCUCGUUGCGACGACGAUUGUCCAACCCUGGCGUCACCGCUCAAAACUUGAUCUCCUGGCAGGCGAAGAAGAACCGCAGGAGAUCCAGCGAAAGCCAGGCAGACGCCAUCAAGGCACCCUUGAAGAUCUUAACCCCUAGCUUGAUGUCUACCGCGGAGGCAAGAUCGGAUCCAAACCUUCCUAGUGAACCAGAGACUCCAAUAGGCCAUAGCUGGGGGUUGGACAAAGAGGAGGACGCGGCUUCGCAACUGCGCAGGUGGCACGACAGCAACGUGCCAUUGGUUGAGGAGAAAGGGAAUGAAAAAUCCAUACCCUGGCAAGCCAGCUCCAACGAGGAAGCUCUGCCCAUCGAGGGGGUGGUGCAGACUCCGCUAAUCGCGCAAGCUGACGAAAAGCAGGAGGAAGAGGAAGAAGAGUUGGAGGAGAGCAUCGAGACUUCCGAGGAAUCCUCCGAGGAGAACAGCAGCGCAGAUAGCGAAGAUCUGAAAUUGCUGAAGGCGAGGAUCCUCGCCAGACAAGUGCUGGAAGAAGAGGACACGUAUCAUCCUAGAGGAAAACCAGUUUUACACAUCGAAGUGGAACCACCACCGGUUCCACCUCACAAUGUACCGAUUCUAGACGUAACACCCCCUACACCGACUAAACCAAACGCACCCUUGUCGCCAACUAACGUAGUUCCAAAGUCGAUCCUGAAGAAGCCUAAGGAAGAGCCCAUUCCUGUAAACAGUUUCGGUAGGCCGAUUCCGCCUGAGAAACCUAUUAGGAAGGUACCACCGCAGUCUGCCCAACCAAUGAUCAAGAGAGAGGAAGAUUUUCUUGAUAAGCAGACAGACAUUGCCCCUGAACCAGUCACACACAGGACACCUGUACUGUCGGAAUCCGACACGGACAGCGUUCUGUCGGCAGGAGAGGCGGCCAAGAAUCGCAGAAUACAUGCGAAAGCGCGACCAGCAGCGUCCGAAGAGGAGGUCGACGAAGAGGACAUCGAGGCGCGUAUGGCAGUAGUGAACCAUUACACCGAAAUCGUCAGAGAGCACUCGAGUCGAUACAAUUACAGAAGCUCGGAGGAAAGGAAACUGGGUGACAGUUUGGCCAGCUCUCGAAGGUCGUCGUUUUCGGAGGAUCAGGACGCAAAGGAUCACGUAGCCAAAGAUCGACAAGAAACGGUGAUCCUUGCGAAAUCGAAUAAGAAGCAAGAUGUACGAGGAGCUGAACCGAGUCAACGAACGAAGGUUAAAAAGGAAAGAGAAGUUGUCAAACAGGAGAAGCAAAGUCAACGGCCUAAGAGAAGCACCUCGGGGUCUCGGGGUACGACUCCUGCGCGUGACACAAAAUCUGUGAAGGAGAAACGAUCAAGUCGACCGCCAUCUAGGACCGAAUCUCCAACGCCAAGGUCGAGGAACGUGUCCGUUGAAAGGGUUGCUUCCUCUAGAUCGUCCUCGAAGACCAGAGUCCGUGCUCCUUCUCAAGACAGGAGACCUCCCUCCAGAACAGGCUCCGAGGAACAACGCUACGUCAGAGAAAAGUCCGUCGAGGAAGGAAGUCGAAGGUCGAGGAAGCCCUCUUCUAGGACACAUUCGAGGUCCAGCUCCAGAGACAGGAACAGACCAGAGACGCCGGUAGGGUUGAAGAUGGAACGUCUCCAAAAGGCUCUGGAAAGCAAAAAGUAUCGUCCUUUGCGGCGUGGAUCUGCAAUCGAGAGAGAAUAUUCUGAAGAGCGCGUGCCAAGUCGAUUGAACGAAGGACAGCUGGCGUUGGAGGCUGAGAAAAAUGUCAGAUUCACGGUGGGGUACGUCACGGAUCUGACGUUGCUGAUGGCCGCCGUUUACGUCUACAUUUUCAAGAAAGAAACCCUUGCCAUCCCCUUCAUCGCGCUUCUUCUGUAUAGGAGGAUCCAGCACGAGAUACGCGGACGAGUGUCCCGAGGCUGGUGGUGGUCCAAACGAAAACAAUGACAUUUUUCAUGGUUAUUCUUAGAUUAGGAGAUUUAUCGCGGUACGAUGACGAUAUUCGGAUGCAGUACUAUAGUGCCUGACUGUAUGCGAAGGAAUCAUCCCAAUUAAUGUUCAUGUUCAUUAAAAUAGAUGUGAAAAUAAAACUCGAUUGGGCGAACUUCAAAACGGAGCUGCAUGCGUAUUGGCGUGGUAGUCGCAAUGCAAACCAAAAACAUUUAUGCUUCUCGUAGUAUUUACAUGAGAGUUUGAUCGAUGGAUUGAAGAGGAUUUCUUGAUUAAAAUAAAACCAAAUCAUUACUUUUUUCCUUUUUAAGGAAAUUAAAUAAUGUUUUGCAGUUUGUACUUAAGAAUAAUGUGGAAAAAAUCCCUUUUACCAUAUACACAGCGCGUUUUAAAAUCUCUGGCCACGUUUUGACUAUUAAUGAAGGAUUAAUUAAAACCUUAGUUGUUGUACACUCAACGUUUAGCAUAAAUGUAAUAUUAAUUAACAUUUUGAUGAAAAUAUUAUUUUAUUUGUGUAAUUACCAAUUGUGCAACCUCCAAUUACAGUAAUGUAUCAAAAAGUAUUCAGGAUGUAGAAUUAAUUAUAAAUUCUUCCAAUCAUUCCAGAAAAAAACUCACAACAUAGUAACAAUUAACAAUACUUCGAAUAAGGAGUUGUUAAGAUCUGUUUUCAUCAGGGAACACUAUUAAUCUCAUUUAUAAUACUCUGAUAGUACAAUGAGAAAUAUGAAAACUUUCACACUGAUGGUGUGCGGCACCACUUUGAAGUUUAUCAACCGAGCACCUACUCAUUCUUAGAUUACCUUGUUGAACGUUAUAUAUCGAACCGAAAUAAUGCUAAUAAUAAUGAUCAAUAUAAAUGUUUCUUCGAACAAUAUUUCUGCUAAUUUUCAUAAAAAUAUUGUAAUUUAUAUAAAAAAUAUAAGCAUCCUUGUAACGCGUUAUCGGAAUUCCGGAGUUACAUGAUGAAACAUAUUCCUUUAAUUACAGUGGUCAGACUUUAAUAAACCAAGAAUUGUUUACACAAUAUAAGUUUCGCUAUCAUUGUAGAUAACAAAUUAUAAAUACAUUUAUUUAUUUAAUACUCGCAAGAUUCUUAGGAAACAAAUGUAAAUUUCGUAAAAGGAAACCGAUAAUUUAUUAAACUACGUUUUCUGUAUAGAUUAACAUAUUGUCAUGAAAAUUGGUAGAAUCAUUGUUCAAAGUAUAUACUUUUAAUAUAUAUAUAUAUAUAUAUAUAUAUAACAUAUUUUUAUGACACGUUUAGUAUUGUCAGAAAAAAUUCUGAAAUGUCACACGUUACUGAAUUAGACGUCUGAUGAUUUUCCUUAAGACAACAAAAUGAAUCUGAAAUGAAUGAAAUGAAUGAAAUGAAUUCGUGACCAACCUCGCAAUAAUGGAAAUUUUCGAUCCCAAUUUUUUGCGUAUAGUCGAGCACUAGUGUGGUCGCAGAAAGCUGUGGUGCACGCGGAAGAUCACUACACAGAUGGGAUUCUCGACCUUCGACAUUUCGCGAUUGAGCUGAAGAAAUCUUUGAUCCUCGGACGGCAAGGGAGUUUCUCUAAAGAGAUUCUCGACCUUCGAUAGUUCAAGAUUGCGAUGGGAUUCUCGACCUCCGACGGUACAACAUUGUACCCCUCGAAUCCAUCAUGGCAGCCUGUCAAGUACGACGGCGCGCCGAUUAAUGCGGUUGAGCCGCCAAUAGCUUGGAAGAGCCAAUUGUUCGCAACCAAUUAUUGUAUUUCAUUCAGAAAUUAUGCACCAAAACGCGUACCAAAGAAGAUAGCGUAAUAUACGUAUGUGUUAAGAGAGUAUAUUUAACGACAGACAGCAUAUCAUUAUAAAUUAUUCUUAUUUAUUCUUAUUUAUUAUUAUAAUAUUCUUACCGUCUUUACUCAUAAUAAAUAUGUACAAAAUGUUCUGUUGAAUUUCAAUUUGAAGUUUAUCUAUUUCCAGGCCCCUUUACAACACGAAUUCGAUGAUAGAUGAAUAUGGUUAUUUCCUCUGGUUUUGUUUUAUAAAGGAGAACUGUUCGAUAUAGUUAUAUGUAUUUUUUUCUACCACUAUGUUAUAUUGUUUCAGUUUCAUUUUCUUUUUGAAAUCUAUGUUUCCUGAAGAGGACUCAAAAAUGAGAGUCGAACUGUAGUACAUGUAAACUCAUGUUACUGAUAAUAAAUGAUAAUGUCAAUGAUAUA